AUGGAGUUUAAGUUCUUAACACUUGCUCUUUUAAUUAUUACAAUUUUCUCAAAUAUUUUGAUCAAUGCAUCACCAAUUCUCUCAGAAAAACGUGAAAUAGUAGGCGAUGUUGCUUUUGCAGAUCUUUUACUUUGUGAUGGUAGAGUCACAUUUACUCAGCUUAAUGGCUUUACACGUGUAACUGGACAAUUCAACAUUGGGUUUACAGAUCCGGACCCAAAUGAUUAUAAAUUUCGCGUUGUUAAUAAAAACGGUAAAAAAAAAAAAAGAGAUUUUACCAAUGAAAUUAUAAAACAAUUGUUUAUUAAUCCUCCCGGAACCUCACCAUUUCAAUUUGAUCAAAAUUUCCAACUUAAAUGCGUAGUGGGCAAAUUUUUCUCUAUAAAACAUAAAGGCAAAGAAAUCUGCAGAGCAUCAAUCGAAAUACUAUAA